GUCGUCUCAACUCUCACAAGAGGAAAUCCGCCAUGGCGAUCUCGAAGCCGAAGGCCUGGAUCUCGCUGCUGCUGCUCGCGCUCGCCGUCGUGCUGUCGGCGCCGGCGGCGAGGGCAGCGGCGGAGGAGGCGGAGGAGGGGGACGAGGCGGCGGCGGGGGCGGAGGCCGUGCUGACGCUCGACGCGGACGGCUUCGAUGACGCCGUCGCCAAGCACCCGUUCAUGGUCGUCGAGUUCUACGCCCCCUGGUGUGGACACUGCAAGAAACUUGCUCCAGAGUAUGAGAAAGCUGCUCAAGAACUAAGCAAGCAUGAUCCACCGAUUGUUCUUGCUAAAGUUGAUGCCAACGAUGAGAAAAACAGACCGCUAGCUACCAAGUAUGAGGUCCAGGGUUUCCCGACCCUGAAGAUAUUCAGGAACCAGGGGAAGAACAUUCAGGAAUACAAGGGCCCGAGGGAGGCUGAGGGCAUUGUUGACUACUUGAAGAAGCAGGUUGGCCCUGCUUCCAAGGAGAUCAAGUCACCAGAAGACGCAACCAACCUUAUUGAUGAUAAGAAAGUCUACAUUGUUGGAAUCUUCUCAGAAUUCAGUGGCACUGAGUUUACAAACUUCAUGGAGGUUGCAGAGAAGCUGAGAUCUGAUUAUGACUUUGGGCACACUUUGCAUGCUAACCACCUUCCACGUGGUGAUGCUGCAGUCGAGAGGCCGUUGAUUAGGCUAUUCAAGCCAUUUGAUGAGCUUGUUGUUGACAGCAAGGAUUUUGAUGUUAGUGCUUUGGAGAAGUUCAUUGAUGCCAGCAGCACCCCUAAAGUUGUUACUUUUGACAAGAACCCUGACAACCACCCUUACCUCCUGAAAUUUUUCCAAAGCUCUGCUGCCAAAGCUAUGCUAUUUCUGAACUUCUCCACUGGACCAUUUGAGUCUUUCAAGUCGGUUUAUCAUGGUGCUGCAGAGGAGUUCAAGGACAAGGAAAUUAAGUUUCUCAUUGGUGACAUUGAAGCCAGUCAAGGUGCCUUCCAGUACUUUGGGCUUAAAGAGGAUCAGGUACCCCUCAUCCUCAUUCAGGAUGGCGAUUCCAAGAAAUUUUUGAAGGCGCAAGUUGAGCCUGACCAAAUCGUUUCUUGGUUGAAGGAGUACUUUGAUGGUAAACUGUCACCAUUCAGGAAGUCUGAACCUAUCCCUGAGGUCAAUGAUGAGCCUGUUAAGGUUGUGGUUGCUGAUAACGUCCAUGAUGUUGUCUUCAAGUCUGGCAAAAACGUUCUCGUUGAAUUCUAUGCACCAUGGUGUGGACACUGCAAGAAGCUGGCCCCAAUCUUGGAUGAGGCAGCCACGACGCUUAAAAGCGAAGAGGAUGUUGUCAUCGCUAAGAUGGAUGCAACCGCCAACGAUGUGCCGAGUGAGUUUGAUGUGCAAGGUUACCCCACCCUGUACUUUGUCACUCCCAGCGGAAAGAUGGUCCCCUAUGACGGUGGUAGGACAGCCGACGAGAUCGUCGACUUCAUCAAGAAGAACAAGGAAACCGCCGGUCAGGUGACGGAGAAGGCAGAGUCGGCCUCAACCGAGUCUGUCAAGGAUGAGCUCUAAACAAGUGAGUAGGAGAGGCAUGGAUGCUUGUGGCUGUAGACAUGGAACGAGAAGGGACCUGACGCUAACAUGUUUGACAGCUCCAACGCCAGAUUUUGCCAAUGUGCUCAAGGACGUGAGGGAGAGAGGAGAGGGGCGAUAGUUUGAUGUUCCGGCCGGCAUGUCUGUGUCCCAUUUGAGAAAAUACUGUACAAUCAACCCGUUAAUUUAUGCAAAAGUGAUAGUCGGUAGAAAAAUGGUUCUGGACAAGUUGAAUAAAAGCUGCCUCAGUUGCAUCACAUCUGCU